AUGCCAAACAUAACCCUCUACUCGCUCACGGCGGACGCCGCGCGCCAGCUCCCGAGCCACUCGAUGCAUGUCAACAAGACGAAAUCCGACCUGGCCAUCCUCGGCAUUGCGUACACAGAGGAGAAACUCACCUUUGCACAGGUUCGCGGAGAGCUGGCGAGCGACAGCGGGAACGAUACCGUUACGGUGCCCACUAUCAAAGUCGGACAAGAGUAUGUUACGGAUUCGUUUGCGAUCGCUGAGUGGCUCGACUCCCGCCAACCCACCCCCGUCCUCUUCCCAUCCCCCGAUGCCCACCGCUUCGCCCGGUUCAUCGCCUCCUGGACCGACAACGAUAUGGCUCUGUCGAUCCGCCAACUCUUCCGCCCCCUCUUCUACGACCUGAUGGACCCCGUAUCCGCCGAAUACUUCCUCCGCGUGCGGUACCAGGGCAAGGCGGACGAGCUCGAGUCCCACCGCUCUGCACUCAAGGAUAUCCAGCAGGUGGAGACCAUGGCCGAACGCGCCCGCCAGAGUCUCAAUCUGCUCGAGUCAUACCUGGCAGCUACAAGCGGACCGUUCUUCCUUGGUAAAGAGGCCAGCCACGCAGACUCGAUCGUGUAUGGCUGGUACUGCUGCUCGCAGGUUAAUGCGCGGGUUGUCAAUCCCAAGCUGUGGUAUCAUCCGAGUUUGCCAAAGGUUGGGGCUUGGGUGGACGCUAUGAAGAAGCGGACGGGAGUUGAUGUUACGUUCCCCGAACUGGACGGAUAUGCUUACUAG